AUGGGAAAAUACGACCAAAAUCCGCAGCAAAUUGCCCAGCUGGUGAGAGACCUGGAGGAGGCGCGGAAGCAAAACAAGGGCGAAAAACGACGAGCUUUCACAUGCAAGAAGAACACAUUCGAGGUCGCCGGGACCAACCAUGUCACCGUUGACUCUUGGAAAACAAUACCCCCCGAGAUCGUUGUGCGCGGCUACGACAAGUUCUUUAAUGUCGGCGAGACAAAUGACACACAAUGGAGGAAUAUCGAGCACAAUACACGAGGGCCUUAUGAGCUCAGUGUGAAGGAGAAUGGGUGUAUCAUAUUCAUUUCCGGAAUGGAGGAUGGCAAGUUGUUGGUCUGCAGCAAGCACUCCACCGGAGUCCGUCACGACACAGAGAUCAGCCACGCGCAGGCCGGUGAAAAAUGGGUCGAGAAGCAUGUCGCGUCUGUCGGCAAAAGCUCAAAAGAUCUCGCGAGGACACUCCGUGACAUGAAUGUCACCGCGGUCGGCGAGCUUUGCGACGACUCCUUCGAAGAGCAUGUACUGGCCUACGAUGAAGCAUCGUCUGGUAUCUACCUGCACGGCCUCAACUACAACCUCAACGAAUUCGCCACGCAGUCCAGCCAGAAAGUGAAUGAUUUUGCUGAUGCCUGGGGCUUCAAGAAGGCCAAGUUUGAAGUUCGCGACGAUAUCGAGUCCGUCAAGAGCUUCCUUGACGGGUGUGCGGAGACCGGAACCUGGGAUGGUCGUGAGACUGAGGGUUUCGUUGUGAGAUGCCAAAUGGCCAAGGACGGUCAUGACUACCGUGAUUGGUUCUUCAAGUACAAGUUUGAAGAACCUUAUCUGAUGUACCGCCAAUGGCGUGAAUGCACCAAGGCCGUAAUUGCCGGGCGACUCCCGAAGAUCAGAAAGCACGAGAAGAUCACCGAGGAGUACCUUCAAUUUGCCCGGAGGAGGUUUUUGGAAGACAAGACUCUUGCCCGGGAUUAUAAUUACAACCACGGUAUUAUCUCUCUGCGAGAAGCAUUCCUGAAGGAACGUGGCUUGAAUGGAGCGGAGAUCAUCGCCAUGGAAGAGCAGGAGGGCCAGGGCAAGAAUGUUGCUAAGAACGUCAUCCUUGCUCCAAUCGCAUCUCUGGGAUGUGGAAAGACCACUGUUGCUUUGGCUCUGGUACAUCUUUUCGGAUGGGGCCACGUUCAGAACGACAACAUCCCCAAACAGAAGAAUAAGCCAAAGCAAUUCGCCUUCCAGAUUACAAAUGAACUAAGCGCAACCCCCGUUGUCAUUGCUGACCGCAACACUCACCAACGGCGCGAGCGAGAGCAAUUGAUCAACGACAUUCGUCCGGUCCUUCGAGAUGCCAAGUUCGUUGCUUUGCAUUACGUCCAUGAGCCGAAGGGUGACCUAUUUCCUUCGAUCAAGGAGGUGACUCGAAAGCGCGUUCUGGAUCGUGGAGACAACCAUCAGACUAUUCGCGCAGGCACGAAGGAUUCCCACGAGAUUAUCGGAAUCAUGGAUGGCUUCUUGUCCCGCUUCGAAGGUAUCAACACCAAUCGACACCCCGAUGAUGCAUUCGAUCUCGUCAUUGACCUCGACGUAUGCGCCUCUUCCCGUGAGAACCUCGAGACCAUCGUCCGGGCCAUGCACGACGCCUAUCCUGUCCUAGUUCCCGAACUCCCAUCCGCAGAGGACCUCGACGCCGCCAUCGAAAAGGCCAUGAAUAAGUACGAGGUGAAGGUUGAUCUCAGCGCCGGGUACUCGACAAAGGGACCCAAGGGCCCAAAGCAAAAGAACGGCUCACUAGUAGUCCAGUCCGGACCAACACGCCUCGAACCACCCCUACUGGCCCGGAAAAUUGAAUUCUUCAACAUCGCCAUUCCAACCAGUGAAGUCACUUCCACUCUCCACUCCCUCUUCACAUCCUCCACUCCCGAGGUCGCCCGCCUGUACCACCAGCUCGUCAACAGCCGCCGUGUCCAGCCCGCCUUCCACGUCACCCUCAUCCACCGCGCAUCCAAGGACGAGCAAAGCGCCAUCUGGAACCGCUAUACGAAACAGUACAUCGACACACUGACCGCUCACCCUGUGGCCGAUGCGAUGCAGAACCCACCUAAGCUAGGCCUGGCCCGUGUCCGUCUUGAGCGACUGGUAUGGGAUACCCGGAUCAUGGCUUUUGUGGUGCGUAUUCUGCCUUUCGAAGCUCAGGCCGAGGGCUCUGAACAGUCGGAUUUCCCCUGUGCCAAUGCCAUUCCUCACGUUACUGUUGGCACUGUUGCACCGAGUGUCAAGCCGAAGGAGAGCAAUGAUCUCCUGAAGCGCUGGCUUGAGGUUGGGUCUGGUGGUGAUACAGGGAUCUUUGAGGCGGAGGUUCCUGGUGUUAAGGUUGUUGAGGGUACUAUUAACGUUACGAUGCGCCGUUAG